CGACAGCAGUGCAGUGCUAGCCACCACAUCACGUCAAGGGCACAGUUUCAGCAUCAGCACUAUGUCGCAAUCGCUCCGCCCAUAUCUCCAGGCCGUCCGGAGCAGUCUGACGGCUGCCCUCUGUCUCUCCAACUUCGCAUCCCAGACGGCAGAGCGGCACAAUGUCCCCGAGGUUGAGGCGCGCACAUCUCCCGAGGUGCUCUUGACACCGUUGACAAUCGCCCGCAACGAGAACGAGCGCGUGCUCAUCGAGCCAAGCAUAAACAGCAUACGCAUUAGUAUCAAGAUCAAGCAGGCCGACGAGAUUGAGCAUAUCUUGGUGCACAAGUUUACCCGCUUCUUAACACAGCGUGCAGAGUCCUUCUUUAUUCUGCGGAGAAAGCCUAUCAAGGGCUACGAUAUCUCGUUCCUGAUCACCAACUUCCACACCGAGGAGAUGCUGAAGCACAAGCUGGUAGACUUUAUUAUCCAAUUUAUGGAGGAGGUGGAUAAGGAAAUUUCAGAAAUGAAGCUAUUCUUGAAUGCGCGGGCUCGCUUUGUGGCUGAGUCGUUCUUGACACCGGUAAGAUUAUGUCCUCGAUAUUCAGCCUACCGCAUAUCUCGGUCUGACUCGCCCCUAGUUCGACUAAGCCAAGCAGGCUAUUCAGGUAGACAAGGCAACCAUAUAUGCAUUUAAACAUCAGGCAAGGGC